UCACGUUUGAUGGUGGCUAGUUUAAAGUAGACGUUACUUGUUAGUGAGAUGUUUGUUCUUGUUUCUUUGAAGGAUACCGUUGUAAUUAAGCCUAAUUACAUCGGUUCAGAUAUGAAAGAAAUAAUGGAGCAGGAGCUUAAUUCUCGUUUCUGCAGCAAAGUUAUUUACAAAGUUGGUCUGUGCAUUUCUUUAUGGGACAUUCUGAAAGUUGAAGAAAGCUUUAUAUCAGAUGUCGAUGGUGCCUAUUAUACUACAGUGAGCUUUCGAAUUGUUUGCUUUCGUCCAUUUAUUGAUGAAAUUCUUAUUGGAAUUGUAAAAUCUCUCUCCAAAGCUGGCUUACGUGUGUCACUGAAUUUUUUUGAUGAUGUAUUUAUACCUGCAGAAAAACUACGCUCACCUUCAAGAUACGACUAUGAACAAAAUGCAUGGAUAUGGGAGUAUGCGUACGAAGGUGAAACAGCUGAAUUGCGCAUUGACAAACAUGAUACGAUUCGAUUUCGUGUAGUUGAAGAAGUUUGGUCUGAUCCAAACCCAGAUAGUGACAAAACUAGCAUUUCAACUUCUAAUGACCCAUUAGAGUGCGGUGAUGGUAAUCCAGACUCUUUAAUUGAACCCAAAGCCCCCUAUACAAUAAUCGGUUCCGUUGUAGCUGAUGGACUAGGUGUAACUUGUUGGUGGGUCAGUUAACCUGAAAGAAAACUCUUUUGAUAUGAUAUUUUUGUUUAUAAUGUAUGUAUUUCAAGAUUCUUAAACUUGAUUAUUACCGGGGUUAUUUUUUGUUUUUA